AUGACAAAUAUUGCCAUUCUGCCCCGCCCUUUCCCUCCUGUUAUGCCGACAAACGAGAAGCCCCUAACUACGCCAUCUAUCUUCUUUCUAUUCCGGCAGAAGAUCUAUGCAAUGUCCGAAUCUCAACCCCGAGCUCUCGAAUCCAAUGUUGUGACGAAUGGCGCUGCGCAGGCCUGGACAGAAGUCUCCAAAUUCGUCGAGCAUCUCCCGAUCCCGAUCUGUCGCUCCUACAACUACAACUCCUACAACUCCUACAACUCCUACAACUCCUACAACUCCUACAACUCCUACAACUCCUACAACUCCUACAACUCCUACAACUCCUACAACUCCUACAACUCCUACAACUCCUACAACUCCUACAACUCCUACAACUCCUACAACUCCUACAACUCCUACAACUCCUACAACUCCUACAACUCCUACAACUCCUACAACUCCUACAACUCCUACAACUCCUACAACUCUAUCAUGUCCAUGCUAUGCUCAUCUCUUCGGGAAGCAUAUAGCAGAGGGUUGAAUCUCGCAAAUAUAGUCAGCAUCACAGAGGUUGAUCAAUCUAUCUCUCAACUCCGCGAGCAGUUUUGCCUUGUCGAUCUUUGGAUGGCUGGCGUUUCAAUUAUGACCGAGCAUGGGAAUAGCAUGUAUUCUUAUCAUAUACAACGGGACCAUGUGAAUGGCUCUGGAGGCGGUAACUGGGAAGGAGCACGUGGAGCAUAUGUCAAAGAGGAUAUUACUUUGCUUGGUACUGCUAAACGAGAGUUUGAAAAACUGGAUCAUACGCCGACAUUGGCGGACAGCUGUGUUAUCUACUUCGAAUUUCACAGAACUGGAGAGUCUGUCACUAUCCGAGGAAUUGUCACAUUUGUCGUGAAUUAUGACAGAAUCCCAAUGAGAGUAUGGACCGAGAAAGGGCCUGAAGGGUCGUCUUCGAUGAAACUGAGUGACGAUCAGGUUGAUGAUUGUUGGAUGACGAAAAGUCAAAUUAUUGACGCUGCUUUACAUGAAAAUUGUAAAGACCCAAGAAAGUUCAAGAUGCUUGAAAGUGAGCAGACAAUCCUGCUUGCUGCGUUCAGAGUUCUGGAAAGACGUGCCUAA